AUGCGCUUGUCCAGCGCCAGCCUGGCCGCCGGGCUCGUCUUGGGGGCUCGAUAUGUCGCAGGCACAACGCAGAGCGUCACUGGCGCUGACAGCAACCCUGGCUAUCUCGCCGUACCAGUGGGCACAAUACCGCGCACGCAACACAGCGAGAAGCGAUCCCAGAAAGCCAUCCAAACGACAUUGGAAAAUAAGGACUUUUUCUAUGCCGCACAGAUUGGCAUUGGAACGCCACCGCAAAAUAUCACUGUCCUCAUCGACACGGGCUCGAGCGAAUUAUGGGUGAACCCAGACUGCUCGACAGUCCGCGCGCAAGAGCAACUACAAUGCGACCAGUUUGGUCAAUACGACCCCAGCCAGUCACGGACACCGGCAAUCGGACCAUUCGGGAAUGAGGAGAUAAAGUUUGGGGACGCGACAAAUAGAGCAACACAGACGUCUGUCAUGAUUGAAUACUAUUGUGACAAGCUCGCAUUUGGCUCGUUGUCCAUAUUGAACCAGACGUUUGGCGUGGUGCAGGAGAGUGAGCGGCAGUCACAAGGAAUCCUGGGCCUGGCACCCGACCUGCAGGCAGGGUUUAACGGCGAGAAACCGUACAGCCUGGUGCUGAAUACCAUGGCCGAGCAAGGUGUCAUCGCCAGCCGGGUAUUUUCUCUGGAUUUGCGGCACUCAGACGUCAAGACUGGGGCCCUCAUCUACGGCGGGCUAGACCGCAGCAAGUUUAUGGGCACGCUGCAAAAAGUUCCCAUCAUCAAAGGCUUGGCAGGCGAGGCUCGACUGGCCGUGUCCCUUGACACGGUGGGCAUCACACUGUCCACGUCGGAAACUAACAGGCGGCUGCAGGGCGACAACAGCAACGUCAUGCUCGACUCGGGCACGACGAUUUCGCGGCUGCAAGAGCAGGUGGCGAUGCCGAUCCUCAGUGCGCUGAAUGCCCAGCCGGACGGCGAUGGCUACUUUCAGAUUCCCUGCCAGAGCCAGAACUUGCCAGGGUCGGUAAACUUUGGAUUUGGUGGGGUGAUUGUCAGGGUGCCAUUCAAAGACUUCAUCAUCAACGUCGGCGACCCGUUGACAUGCUACGCGGGCAUCGCGCUGACAGAAGGGCAGCAGAUUCUGGGCGACACGGUGCUGCGGGCGGGGUACUUUGUGUUUGACUGGGACAACGAGGCGGUGCACAUUGCGCAGGCGGCCGACUGCGGCAGCCCGGACAUUGUGACGGUCGGCAAGGGCGUGAAUGCGGUGCCGUCAGUCCGGGGCAACUGCGGCGCGGCACCUGGCACACCCACGCAGACCAUCUCGGCCGGGGGCGGCGCCAGCAGCAGCAGCAGCAGCAGCAGCAGCGUCCGCCCGGUGACGACGACGUACACGGUGACAGUGUGCCCCGCGUUCGACCCCAACUGCAAGACGGGAGUGGUCAUGACAGCCACGGCUGAGGCGAAGGCCAGCGAGACCAGCGAGGCCGGGGGCACCGGAGAGAGCGGAAAGACCAGCAGCAACAGCAGCAAGGAGUCCAGCAGCGGUAGCGGGCGGUAUGGCGUGGUCUGGUCGUUACUGGCGGUGCUGUGCUCGGUGAGCAUGGGCAACGUGAUUAUUGCUUUGCUGUAG